CGGACAUGUCGGGGGUGUUCGUCUUCCAUUUCAAUCCCGAUCAUUUCGGCGAGUCAGUCACCAGCCCGCACCUGCGAUCCCCUCCAUUCCAAGAGAAACCAUACAGGCGCAUUGUCCAGGCGGUUCUGGAAGCUCGCGCAGGGGAGGGCAACAAGGCGUCCUUGAACGACGGCGAGGUGGUAUUCUUGAUGGACGGGGGUAAGCCUGGCAUCACCAAGGCCCUGCUUGCACCGUGGAAGGUUGGUUCGAUCCUCGAGAAAUCUGAGAAGAAGGCCCCCGACGAUGAUGAGGCCGUCGUGGUUGAUGAUCAUGAUGAGGACGACGAGGAGGCCGUCCGCUUCGUAUCCAGGGGGAUCACGGUCCACAAGGACGAGGCCAGCAUGAAGGAGCGCAAGAAGCUUACGCGCGGAGUGGCCUGCGUCAAGCAGACGAGCCAGUUGCACAUUUGCUCGGCCGCCCCCUUGCAGCUGCCGCCGCGUGCUUCGAAGCACUACCCAUCAUCGGGCACCAAUCAGGGCGCGAUCAUCGGCCCCGUCGUGCUGCCCGUGCCCAGCGAGGACUACCGGAUCGCCGUGGGCGGCAAGGUCGCCGGCCAGGGCGAGGGCAAGAAGCGCGAGAACGACGACUGGGAGAUGGUCUUCAUGAACGCGAUGCCGCCGAAGUUCUUCUCGGAGCUGAAUCACAGGCACUUCGCGUCCCACGCGUUCGACAUCUCGCCCGGCCCGGGCGCGUACGGCGAGGAGUGCAUCCACGAGGGCAUCACCUACUUCUGCCUGGCUUUCACUGAGCUGCACGCCGAG